ACGAGCAUGAGCCAAGCCAUUCCCGGCGCACCACACCAAGAGUUUGAUCUCCACAAGCUGAAGUCCUACGCCGCGCAAGGCUUCGUGCGCAAGGCGACCAAAGAGCUCAACAAGUGUGUCAUCGCCGACGACAAGCUCCAGCGCGGCGACGACCAGAAUCCGAACCGCGGGUUUCAUUAUGCCUUGCUGCGCGAGGUGUACGGCAACACCGGCGACGCGGUAAAGGACACCGUCCUUUUCUCGAUCCUGCCCCAGGUGGAGUCCAAGGAGCUCCUCAACCACAAGGUGAUGGGACGUGUCCUAGCGAUCAAGUGGCAGACUUUUGCCUGCUGCAUGAACUUGCAACAGAUCAUGCUCUACCUCUUGCUGCUGAUGACGCUGACGCUUUCCGUGACGAUGGACCUCGGCGAUGGCGAGUCGCCCACCUUCCACACGCAGCUGCUCGUUUGGCUCAACGUCGGCGUCGCCCUUGUGCUUGGGCUUAUCGCAACCAGUUACUUUCACUACGCGAACCGCAAGCUCUGGGCCGUCAAGACCAUCGGCGUCAUCGGUCUCGUGCUCCUUGCGCUCAAUUUCUGCGCCGAUUCCAUCGCUGCGCACGUCAACUGGAUUUGGUUCGUGCGCUGCAACAACGUCGUGCUAACGCCCACGGCGCUCUUCUUUAUCCGCUUUGAGAUCAGUGAGCUCUACGGCGAGAUCGUCAAGAAGCGUGACACACAACAUCUCCACGUCGUUGAGAUUGCUCUCGAAGCCACCAUCGAUUUUUUCCUCAGCUUUUUCGGCCGCAACGCGUCGCACUACUUCAACUCGUUCUUCAACAAGGUCCAGCUCCCGACCUUCGUCGCGAUCCUCGUCUUUGUCAUCACCGAGACCUUUUACCCGUGCGGUGACGACGUCCGCUUGUACUUUGGCAUCAUCAUCACGUUCGCGGCAUGGUCGACCAGUAUCCAGUACCUCGAGAUCCACGGCACGGCCGGGUACCUCAUCUCGCUCAUGACGUUCAUGCUCAACGACGUCGUCAAGUUCAUGGCCUUCUACCUCCCGUUCCAGUGCGCGUAUGCGAUUUCUUACUACCUCUUGUUUGAAGGCCGCGGCGUCGACGCCUACGCGACCAUCGCCCACAGCUUUGUGACCACGUUCCUCGUCAUGCUCGGCCAGAUCGAACUCGAACCGUUCGAGAACCUCCCGGCGCCGGGCCCAUAUGUACUGGGCUACACGCUCCUCCUGACGCACGCGACGCUUGUGAUUGUCAUGCUCCUCAACGUCCUCAUUGCGAUGCUCAACAAGUCGAUGGACAAGGUCAUGGAGAAGGCCAAGCUCGAGGUCCGCGUGAGUUUCGCCGAGUGCAUCCUCCGGAACGAGAAGGUCUACGGGCUUCGCCCGAUGCCCGAGCAAGAUCCGUGCGCAGCUUUGGCGGCCGAAGAAACGCGUCAUCUGCUGCAUGGUUCCCACGGUGGCGCAGAAAUAGUCGAGGUGGACGAUGCCGAGCAAAACAAGGCCGAUUUUACGACGCUCCCAGAUGACGUGGCCACGCUUUGCAAGCGUCUGGAUGAAUCCGAGAAGCAUAACGCACGUCUCGAGGCUAUGCUGCAGGACAUUAUGCUCCACUUGAACAUCGCGCCUCGUGCCACAGCGUAAAGUUUUCGAAUCAGAAAUUAGUGUUGCUGGCGUAGUUCACGUGGGCCUUUGCAUAUGCACCUGCUCUCCUUUGCGUAAUUGCAAUUCGCAUAUUCUUAUAGCUUUA